GCAGCGGCGCGGCGUCGCCGUCAUACGGUGUUUAACCUUUGUCGUCGUCGUCGCUGAUUCAGUCGUCCACGUCCCGUUGCGCGCUCCGUUAGUGUCUCUCUGUCCCGCGCCACAGUCCAUCGCGCUUCCAGUCGAAUACGAUCCAAUUAUUAUUUUAUUAAAUUAUUAAUUAUUCACAAAAUCUAAUAAAUCGUCCUCCAAUAUGACCGUCAUCACUAUGCCGACGGCCGAGAAGAAGUCGGACAACGUGCCGCUGGUCACCAACAUCGAGAUCGACCCUUCUACCCAGGAAAAAGACGUGGAAUCAGGAAAUGGUGCACAUAACCGCCCUGUCAGAUCUAAAUUUUUGGUGCUCAGAGUCAUUAAUGAUCGUGUUUAUUCUAUGUGGGCAUUAAUUUAUGUAUUGCUGAUGUCAUUAGUAAUUACAUUUAUGAUGCUCUACGGGGAACAUAUUUAUAGAGCUAUUGGAAAUGCAUUUAACGACGAGAACGAUGCUUUCUAUGGCACUGGCACUAUUGCUUUAAAUGAUAAGUUAUCUCUUCCUAUUCAAGAUAUAAACAAUGAUUAUGAAAUGAGCCAAUUAAAAAAUGAUUUGGAAUUCAAGAAACUUGAGAAUUUUGCUUUACGUAUGGACAAUUUGAACAACCGAAUGGCGAGCCCCGAAGAUGUCAUUUCACAAUUUAAAGAAGAUUUUGAACUUGAUCUUAAGGAUGAAAGUUAUGAAAAAAUUCUUCCCAUUCUACCACUUGCUAGCUCUGCUCGUUUUAUUCAUGAUUUUAGUGCGAAUGUCACUGGUAUUGUAGACAUUGAUGAAAAGCAUUGUUUCAUUAUGCCAUUGAACCGCAGUGCAGUAUUGCCACCACAAUCCUUGUACGAUUUAUUGUUUAAAAUGUCAAGUGGUUAUUAUGCCGUUGACACCAGUAAUGUGAUGCACAAUAUGCGUGUGGUCAAACCAGCUAUUCAGGAUCUCACAGAAUAUGGCAUUUAUAUUGCUAAGGAUUGUGCAGGUUUUCCAACUUAUAAACUAGAAAAAAUCGUUUCUGGAGUAUUCAAACGGAGUGUUUCGACCCACUCGAAAACUUUCUCGGCGUUUUCGGGACAGAUGGACACAUUCCGCUUAGUCAACUAUCAAGACAUCGAUUUGCAGUAAAAUAAUAAUAUUAUGAUCUCCCGUCUUUAUAUUUGAUAAUAUAAUAAUAUAGGUUACACACAUACACACACAUAUAUUUAUGAAUAAUAUACCUAUAAUAUUAUCUAUUUACGAUUUUGUUUAAUAUUUUAUUUUAAAAGUUUUAUAAUAUUAUAUUCACUCAUUACACUUUUCUAGUAGGCACUUAGUGCUUUAUAAUAAUAUAAGUACCUAUACCUACCUAAUCGUACCCAAUAAAUCCGUAUAUCCAUAUAUAUAGGUGGGGUAUACCAUAUGUGAUAUAUGCUAUAAUAAUAUAUAUAUAUAUAUUAUAGAUUGAAAUUUAUCAUAUAUUGUUAUAAGCUGUUAAAUGGUUCUAAAAUGUCGAUUAAGUUGUUCUCCGUUUAAAGAAAUCAAACGUUAUUUUGUGGAUUAUUUUAUUUUUGAAAGUUAUAUGCGAGUACCCAUGUGUUGCCAAAAGUCCAUUAAAUUAUAAUAUUUAAGCUCGAAUUAUAUACAUCAAUGAUCAAAUUAUUAAACGGCGAUUUUUUAAUAAUAGAUCGAGUAUAAAUUAUUAUUUUAUUGUAAUAAUUGUGUAAGGUAUAAUAAUAUUAUUAUAAACGUUAAUAUUAGCGAUAAUAUUAGCAAUACCUACUAUAAUAAUAUAUACUUGCGUCUGUAGUUGAAUGAUGUAAAAUAGCAUCAUUUUUGGUAUCAGAGUAUUUGAAUUAUUAUACAAUAUACAUUAUACAUAAUAUGUCUAUAUUUAUACACUUUAUAGAAUCUAAUAAAACAAUAAAAAAUAUA